AUGUUCUUGACCGUGUUACCGAAGGCCCAACUAAAGCAGGGCAUUCGAUCGUUGCUUACAGCACGUCAUCUCUCUAACAGAAGGCGGUCACCUAUCCAGGCUGGCCAGGCAUUACAUGAGACAAGACCAAAUCUGCUUAAGGCUGGAGAGUUGACUCCAGGCAUAACAGCGUUGGAGUACCAUGAGAGAAGGGUGAGGUUGGCAAAUAAGAUGCCAGCCAAGAGCUGCGCGAUAAUAGCCGGUAGUCAAGUAAAAUAUGCCUCUGGGGCUGUUUUCUAUCCAUUUCAACAGAGCAACAAUCUUUUUUAUUUAACAGGCUGGAAUGAACCUGAUUCGGUCGCGAUUAUUGAGAAGCAAACCGACAAUCUGGACGAUGUUACUCUGCAUAUGGUGGUACCUCCGAAGGAUUCCUUUUCUGAACAAUGGGAAGGCUUCAGAACAGGUGUGGAAGGCGUCAAAGAAAUAUUCAAUGCGGAUGAGGCUACCGAGACAUCGGUCCUACCUCUGUAUUUGAAUAAAAUUAUCAAUCGAAAUGAUAACCUAUAUUUCGACAUUCCAAAGGAUAAGACCAGCGUUAGCAACUCGGCUUUAUUUAGUACCUUUUUCACAACCCAAUCUGGUGCUGAUGGUCACCAAACAAUUCACGAUAUAAUCAGACAGUCGAGCGGUAACAAGAGAGUUUUUGGGCUCAAUAAGUUGCUCACAGAGCUAAGAAAAAUCAAAUCGCCUGCCGAAUUGAGAGUCAUGAGAAAAGCUGGUCAGAUAUCCGGGAGAGCGUUCAACCAGGCAUUUGCACAGCGAUUUAAGAAUGAGAGAACUCUUCAGGCAUUUUUGGAAUACAAGUUUAUUUCGGGUGGAUGUGACAAAUCCGCCUACCUUCCAGUAGUGGCAACCGGUUCCAAUGCUCUCUGUAUCCAUUACACGAGGAAUGAUGAUGUGAUGUAUAACGAUGAGUUGGUCCUUGUGGACGCUGCAGGCUCUAUUGGAGGUUAUUGUUCAGAUAUAUCGAGGACAUGGCCUGUAUGCGGGAAAUUUACACAGGCUCAAAAGGACUUGUACGAAGCAGUCUUAAAUGUUCAAAGGAAAUGUAUCGAAUUGUGCAAAGCGUCCGAAGGGUUUUCGAUUCACGAAAUUCACGAAAAGAGCCUUGACUUCAUGAAAAUGGAAUUAAGAAAUGUCGGAUUCAGUGCUAUACAAAAAUGGGACGUCAACAAGUUGUAUCCACAUUACAUAGGCCACCAUCUGGGUUUAGAUGUCCACGAUGUCCCCAGCGCCUCAAGAAGUGAGAGUAUCCAGGAUGGGAUGGUUAUCACAAUUGAACCUGGUAUUUACGUUCCCGAUGAACCAAAUUACCCAUCCUACUUUAGAAACGUCGGUAUCAGAAUAGAAGACGACAUAGCUGUAGGUCAGGACACAUACACCAACCUCACUGCUGAAGCAGUAAAAGAGAUAGCAGAUCUUGAGAACGUUAUGGAAUAUGGAGUGUCCACUAAGGUGCCUGAAGACGUUCCCAAUCCACUUCAGGAUUGA